AUGAUGUGGGAACUCCGCUCUGUGGCCUUCACCCGAGCCGUCCUUGCAGAAUUCCUCGCCACGCUGAUCUUCAUCUUCUUCGGCUUGGGUUCCGCUCUCAACUGGCCAGCCGCCCCACCAAAUGUCCUCCAGAUCUCAUUGUCCUUUGGUUUGGCCAUCGCCACCAUGGUUCAAGCUGUGGGGCAUAUCAGCGGGGCCCACAUCAACCCUGCUGUGACUGUGGCCUGUCUGGUGGGCUCUCAUGUCUCCUUCCUGAGGGCCAUCUUUUACGUGGUGGCCCAGAUCGUGGGAGCUGUGACGGGGGCCGCCCUUCUGCAUCAACUCACACCGCCUCACAUCCGAGGCAGCUUGGCCAUCAACAAGGUGCACAACAACACAACGUCAGGGCAGGCUGUCACCAUGGAGCUGUUCCUUACUUUCCAGUUGGUCCUGUGCAUUUUCGCCUCCACCGAUGACCGCAGAAGCGAUAACUUGGGAUCCCCAGCCUUGUCCAUAGGGUUCUCGGUCACUCUGGGCCACCUACUUGGGAUCUAUUACACCGGCUGCUCCAUGAACCCGGCUAGAUCUUUUGCUCCUGCUGUGCUCAUGGGUGACUUUGACAGCCACUGGGUCUUCUGGUUGGGACCAAUGGUUGGGGCAGUGGUGGCUUCCUUGGUCUACAACUAUGCCCUCUUCCCCCAUGCAAAGACCUUUUCUGAAAGGUUAGCCAUCUUCAGAGGUUAUGAACCAGAGGAAGACUGGGAGGAGCGUGAAGUCCGCAGGCGGCAAUCGAUGGAGCUGCAUUCCCCACAAACGCUACCUCGAGGGGUGAUGGAGAAAGUCUAA